GGAGAGCGAGAGAAGGACGAUUGGAGUUUAGGAGGGCAGAAUGAAAGAGAGAUUGAGACUGUGUGCUAGAAUGCGUUGAUACAUGGGAACAGGCUGCUUAUCUCCGUUUGUCCCCCUGUCAGUCAUCCUGAGGCGCACACGCAUACACUUCGGAAAGCUGGAGGCUCUGUUUGAAAAGGUGGUGAUUAACCCCUUCCCCCUCGUUCCUCCUCCUCUGUCUCUCCUGCCGUCUGGUUCUUCUACCUGCACUCGUCUGGACUCGUUCGUUGAGUAGAGACACAGAAGGACAAGAAGGAAGAGAGAUGAGAGAGAAGGAGGGAGUGUAAGACCAAGACGGUGAAAAUCGUUCUCUGUGGAGUAUGGUGAAAAUCCAGGCGGUAUUUGGACACCUGUGGAACACAGUUUUGGAUAUACUAGUGUGAAUUGAUUGGACAACUGAAAUGGAAUACCAAGUGAGUGACUGAUGAACUGACUAGAUUGGAUUCUCUCGAGUUUAACCAGCAUUUCGACACUAUGUCUAAACCUUCACGACUUGCUCGCCCAUCCUCUGCGGGUCCUGGCUCCAAACUCCCCUCACCUCGUCGGGAUACACCUGCCAGCCGACCCAGAAUGCACAGCAUGGGGGAGAAGGUGAUGCGGACGGGAAGCGAGGGCAAUAUACCUGGCCAGAGGCCUCCUAUCAAUGGAACAACACAUUCGCAGAUCCCACAAAACACUAAUAUAAAGGAAGAGGAUGAGAUGAGCCAGCCAAGGAGCAAAAUCAGUCCACCUAAAGGGACCGCAGCAGUCACACAUCCCAAACCUCUGAAGGGGAAUCUAAAGGUGACUUCCAGUGAAGACGCUGAGCACCUGACUCGUAAACAGCAGGUUGUCUCCGCUAACAGCCCUGGUAACCGCUGUGAGGCCAAAUCCAGCCGCGCAGGGGUUCUACGAAGACACACGGUGGGUGGAGCGCGCAGCUCACAGGAGAUCCUGGCCAUGCAGCCAUCCGAUAUGGAUAAAAAACGAGAGGCCUUUUUGGAACAUCUGAAGCAGAAAUACCCACACCACGCCUCCGCCAUCAUGGGCCACCAGGACAGACUCCGAGAACAGACAGGCUCUAAGCAGAGUGUGGCGUGUCCGAGUCCAGUCCCUGUGUUUGUGGAUCAGCUGGAGCACGGCUCACUGGUCUCUCUAGAUGUUCUGGAGGUCAUGUCUGAGUGCGACAUGCCUAUCGCUUUCACCCGAGGCUCCCGGUCUCGUGCCAGUCUGCCCGUGGUUCGCUCUACUAACCAGACCAAGGAUCGCUCACUAGGAGUGUUGUAUCUGCAGUAUGGAGAUGACACAAAGCAGAUACGCAUGCCUAAUGAGAUAACAAGUGUGGAUACAAUCAGAGCUCUGUUCGUUAGUGCCUUCCCUCAUCAGCUCAACAUGAAGAUGCUGGAGUCGCACAGCACCGCCAUCUAUGUGAAAGAUGAGACUAGAAACGUGUACUAUGAACUCACUGAUGUCAGGAACAUCACAGAUCACUCCUGCCUGAAAGUGUACCACAAAGAUCCAGCGCACGCCUUCAGUCAUGGAGCUCGGCCAAGCAAUGGAGACGCAAGGGUCCACAGGGAGAUUAUGUAUGCUGGACCGAGUGGUCAUCCUCUCCGGCAGCCCCCAAUGGGUCCCCCUCCACCCCAUAUGCAGGGCUCCAUGUCCCCUACCACACCUCAUGCCAUGCCCCCCUCCCCAUCUCGUAUCCCCUUUGGCCCACGCACCUCAGGCAGUGGGGUUUCCACAAUGCCACGUGAGCGAGCGGCACACACACUCCCCGCCUCCAGCCCCGCUCGCGCAUCCUCCCCCUGCCCGAGCGCCAUCCUCGAGCGGCGUGAUGUCAAACCUGACGAGGACGUAGCUGCAAAGAGCAUGUCGCUGCCCGCCCGAGCCGAAAGUCAUUAUGCUGACCCCUAUAUGUUACAUCACCAUGCCCCGCCCCCUGAUACAGUAGACCACGCCUACCACCGUGCCACCAUGCGCUCUUACAGUAACCCCGGCGUUCCCAUGGAGCCCACGGACCAUCCUUCGCUCUUCCGACAGAAAAGCAGGAAGUACACGGAUAGCCAGUUACCCAUGCUAGGCUCCAAAACCCAGCCCCCUUCCCCACACCGGAUGGGCGAGGUGCGAAUGAUGGACAUUCACACAGUCCAACCACAGAGUUCCAUGACUCUGGAGAGGGCAUCACCUGUCAGACAAUCGUUUAGGAAGGAGACUCCUCUUGCUAUGGAUACCAUGGUAAAGGCAAGGGGUGGCAUGGGAUCUCCGGCCACCCCUGAUCUUCAGGUUCACAAUCCUCUUGCCCCCUCGACAGACCCUCAGACACGAGAGAGAAUGAAGGCCAUGGAAGAGCAAAUAGCCAGUCUGACUGGUCUUGUGCAGCAUGCUCUCUUAAAGAGCCACAGCACUAACAGCAACAAGGAACACCCCAGGUAAGCAGGGCAGGCUGGUCACUCAAACAGCAUAAGCCGAGGUUCUCCAGUAUUAGCAACAAAAGUUGCUGCAGCACCUCCUGAGCGUAGCCCCGCCCCUACACCACCACUAGGCCCUGCCCCCUUGCAUGUUAACCUACACAUGUUCAAGAAAAAUAUCUCUGAGCUCCGCCUCCAACUGCAACAUAUGAGACAACUACAGCUUCAGAAUCAGGAGUGUGUGCGUGCUCAGAUAAAGCAUGCAGAGCAAGAGAUCAGUGUGAAGUUGGCUGAAAUGCUGAGACGACAGGACGAUCCAACACAGAAACAGAGGACACUGGUGGAGGAAGAGAGACACCAAUAUCUCAACAUGCAGGAAAGAGUUCUCACCCAGCUGGAGGAUCUGGAGCAGUACGUGGAGACACUGAGGACUGAUUCUAGCCCUGCUGCGCCUCAGAGAUCCGAGACGCUGAAGGAGGUAGAGGAGGGAGCUGUCAGUCUGAGGAAGGUGGGCGAGAACCUGGCUGGACUGAAAGAAGAGUUUCCAUCUCUUCAAUCCCGUAUGCGGGCGGUGCUCAGGGUGGAGGUGGAGGCCGUGAAGUUCCUCAAAGAAGAGCCGCACAAGCUUGACAGCAUGCUGAAGAGAGUCCGAACCCUCACGGACACACUCAGCAACCUUCGCAGGUCUGCCACAGAUAGCCUGCUGAAACCCUCUGACCCUAUUUCCUCGACAUCUUCUGCCUCUGAAAAAACAGAAUCGGCCAUUGUUGAAUCCCUCGAGGCUGCCUCGGUUGCACCUCAGAGCUCCACAGUGAGGUCAGAGGUUAUGACGUCAAAUCCUGUGGUGAUCCACCAUGCCCAGGCCUCUCCUGUAGCUUCACAACAAUCCCAGCAAUCAACAGCACCUUCACCCAUUCCCCCUGCAGCACAAAGACGAGAGUCUACCCCUUCACCCACCAAACAGCUCAAAAAACCCUCACUUGAGCAGACACAAAUACCAAAUAACAGCAGCAAUGGAGUCUCAGCUAAUGGCAUUCAUGGCAAAGGUCCUUCUCCAAACUUCAUUGAGGAGAUACGCGCUAGUCGCAGCAAGAACAAGAACAGGGCUGUGUCAAUAGAGGCUGCAGAGAAAGAAUGGGAGGAGAAGAGGCAGAACAUGGGUCAUUAUGAUGGGCAGGAGUUCGAACGGAUGCUCCAGGAAGCAGAAGCCAACAUGCUGAGAGGAAUACCAAACCUUGAGGUGCCCAGCGAACCCGAGGGCUCCCCUGAAGUGGUUCUUGCCUCCCUGGAGGAGGUGGUAGAAAAAGAUGAGCCCACAGCAGCACCAGAAAAACAGGAUGACAAUCAGCCAAACUCUGAGAAACCUACUAAGACUGCUCCAGAGAAACCUCCCAAACCUCUGGAGAAACCAGUUAAGUCAGCUUUGGAGAGACCUCUUAAGCCCAACCUAUCCAUCAAAUCCAGCCUGGAGAGACAAAGUAAGACUCAGGAAAAAGUUGUUAAGCUUCCGACCACAGACAAAGCCAACAAGUCCCCUCCUCCACCCCCACCUCGACGAAACUACACCACCAACACUGGGAUGACCACCACCCGAUCUGGAGAGGUCAUUUACACCAGCAGGAAGGAGUCUGUUAUGGAGGGUGAAGAGGAGUCCAACGGUACAGCCUCUCAGCCUGAACCAAAGUCCUCUCCAGAGGUGAAGCCCAAACCCAUUACUCCUCCACCUAUCGCUGCCUCGGCUAUCACUGAGGAAGAGGAUGAGGGAGACAAGAUUAUGGCAGAACUACAGGUUUUCCAGAAGUGCUCUGUUAAGGAGGUAGGGCGCAAGGGUUUGGUAGAGCCACAGAUCAGAGAGCUAAGACCUGGGGUCUUACUGCCCCUUAAAGAUAAGAAGAAUACUGAAAACCAAGAUGACAAGAAUCCUGACACAGAUGAGAACUGCAACAAUACAGUUCGUCAGAGUCCAGGGGUCAUCUACUAUGUCACAGCUCAGAUCUCCAAGGGGACUCGAUCAGCCUCAGAGGAAUCAACAGAGCGUAGAGACACAUCACAGUCUCCCCCAUCACAGGUGUCACAUGUCAAUGCUUCUGACCAAUCCCAAAGCCAGCUGCAGGUAUCCACUAACAAAUUUGGUGCCCUCAAAAGCAGUGGCCCAGCCAGCUCUCCUAGCACUCUACACCAAAAUCAGUUGUCUCGUUCAGCCUCGUUGAAGUCAAAUCCACCCUCUUCAUUGGAAGAAGUUCCAGCUAGCCCAACCCAAGGGAAAGUUCAUGUGGUCAAGGCUGCUCAAGUGCAGGUUAGCAUAGAGGAGAGGGUAGAGUCUCCAACAGCAAUUUGCUCACCAGUCUCUUUUGAAGACACUGUACCGAUUCUUUCUAAAGCAAUCCCUGUUGGGCCAGAUUUAGCAAAUCAGAAACAUAUAUUUGGUUCAUCCAAGGUGAAGGAAAGGAAAUUUGAAGAAAUGGAGGAAAAUAAUGAGGCCUCUCUCAGUCCCGAUCUGUCAGGAGAAGAGCCACCUCCGCCUCCUCCUGAUAACUUUGCCUUUAUGAUCACUAACACCAAGGUACAAGCCCUUUCCACUGGAGAGUACCAUCAGCUAGUCAAUGCCAAGAAAGGUAGUGUGCAGACGGUAACUGUUGGCAGCAAACGACCAAGUGCUUCUGGAAGUGGCAUGACAUCAGGAGGUGAUGCCAGCACCAAUGGUCCCACUGGUGCUGACAAUGCCAGUAAAAAGCCAGUCAUCAUCAUCUUUGAUGAGCCAAUGGAUAUCCGCUCAGCAUAUAAACGCCUCUCUACUGUCUUUGAAUGUGAGGAGGAACUAGAGCGGAUGCUUGCAGAAGAAAGAAUAGAUGAGGAGAGUGAGGAAACCGAGGAAGAAGAAUGGACUACGGGUGUGCAGGUCAAACAGAAUAGAGAUGGUAGGGAUUCUGGAAAAGGUACUGGUUCAGAUUCUCCUGCAGAUAUCAGAGACAGUCGAGUCAUUAACUACUCUUCUUCAUCCUCAUCUUUAUCUGAGGGAGGGGCAUUAGUAGAUGUUACUGGUGAUGCAAAGCAAGAUGGAAAGAAGAAGUUUAAGUUGAAAUUCCCCAAGAAACAGCUAGCAGCAUUAACCCAAGCCAUUCGAGCUGGAAGUAAAACAGGCAAAAAGACUUUGCAGGUUGUUGUCUAUGAGGAUGAGGAAGAGUCAGAUGGAGCUGUCAGACAACACAAAGAGACCAAGAGGUUUGAAAUUGCUUGCUCUAAAACAGAGUCUUCAAAAUCAAAUCUGCAGGAACCUAAUGGACGAACUAACGAGAUUCGUAAGAACACCUACAAAACCCUUGACAGUCUAGAGCAAACUAUAAAGCAGCUAGAGAACACAAUUUCCGAAAUGGGACCGAAGUCUUCAGAAGAGCCUGAAAUCUUGGUGAAGCCUGAAACUCAGGACAAUACGACUGAAGAGACUCCAGGACACUCAGAGAAAAGACUUGCUCCCAAAACCUUGGUCCCUAGGUCGAGUUCUGCCAGCAAAGGUCCUGGUCUACGAAAGAAGACAAAACCACAGCUCCUUCCUCGGCCUGCCAUCAUUCCAACUUCUGGGGUCUCAGUCAAACCAGUUCCCACCCAGCAGAAUGCCAGCGUGGUCUCACCUACUAGUCGGAUGCCAGUGCCUGUUUCUGCCAAGGUGCGGCAGCAACCGGGCACCUCAGAGAAAGAGAGGGCAACAAAACCGCAAAAGCUACAGGACUCUCAGAGGCAGUUCCGCCAGGCUAAUGGAAGUGCUAAGAGAUCUGGAGGAGAUCCCAAAUCCACUUCUCCUACCGUGCCUGCUUCUAAAAUUCCUGCUUUUUCCUCUAGUACGGGACAAGGCUUGUCCCAGUCUGAUUCUACUAAUAUUGUUAAUUCUUCUUCUCCUUUAUCUUCUUCCCUUCCCACUAGCAAAUCCUCUAUCCCUCCUCGAUCCAGUUCCACCCCUUCCUCUCAUAUCCCCUCCGUUUCUAAUGGUUCUUUAAAAUGUGCCCCUCCCACUCACAGCACUAAAGGCCUCUCUAUUCCCACACAGACACAAAAUGGUCGACCUUCCUCCUCCUCUUCCUCUUCCUGUUACCACUCCCCUUUAUCCCCGACUAUGUUGAGUCAGAGUGCGAAGAGUAUCCGCACCAUUCACACACCCAGCUUCACCAGCUACAGUCGGCCACACAACGGGAGUGCCAGUAAAUCAGCUAUUCCCACGGUAACUGUCGCCAAAGAUGCUGCGUAGAAUGCUUCGCUGCUUCGCAACCAUUUAUGUAUCUCUUAAUGAGGUGGAGUUUCUCCUGAUUUUACUUUGAUUAAUUUUUUUUUUUAAUUGUUUAUUUUUGAACAGAUACAGUUGACGUAUCAGAGUUUUGGCAUGACUGGCUAUAUUACGUUAUUAUUUUCUCUGUUAAAGUCAAGGGCCAUCAUCCAUUAGUUAGUGUUUGAAACUUGAAUCUCUGCAAAUCAUGAACUUAUAGAAAGUUAAACUGUUUUAUUUUUAAAACUAAAAAAGGAUUUAACUGCAGAGAGCAGGCUCUUGAUCAAAGAUUUUACAGAGCACUUCAUUUGAAAAGAAUAUUUAUUUUUCAUACAAGUUGAAGAGAGACUAAAAAGUACAACAGUUAAAGCAUGUAAACAAUGUUUUGGUUAUUAGUAUACUCUAAAUGAUUGUAGAUAAUUUUCAUUUUGCAUUUUUUGUAAGUUGACAGACAUUGGUUGUAGCGAUAAUAGGUGAAAAAAGUACUGUAGGUUUAUUAACGAUUAAUAUAAAUUGACAAACAUUGUGUCUGUUUUUCUUUCUUUCUCUCAUGCACUGCCAAUGUCUUUAAGAUUUAUCGUUAUAAAUUUACAACAGUUUUACAAUUAAGUUGUCUGUCUUUUCAGUAGUUGUGCCUGUUUGCCAAAGUUUGUCAUUUACAUCCUUACAACUGACUAUAUAUACUGUGUUAGACACUAUGUACAUUUAGGAUAGGUUAUACCUAACAACCUACCUAUGUCAAAAACCCUUGAUUUACUCAUGCAGUCUAUGGCUCUUAAAUUAAUGAGUAUUGAUGUCUAAAUGUAAACUAAAAAUUGUAGUGAUUGAUAAAAUUGCUCUCUACUUCACAUGUACAUACUGUAACAUCUCUAUUUCAGAGAUUGUCUUUAGUUUUGUUAACAUAUUGUACCAAAGUUUGUUUCUAUGCAUGCCUAUACAAAAUUGUAGAAAGAGAGAAUGUAAUAGAAAGAAAAUCAUACUUGCACAGACAGAUUUUGUAAAUAAAUGUCUUCUUUGGUUUUGUAUAGCUUUAAUUGCAGAAGCAAUCUGUGCAAAUGAGUGUAUAUUAAAACAGUAAAGUUCUGCAUGCUUGUCGUUCACAUGGCUGUGGUUUCUCUACUGCAACACUGCAAGCCCUUCUAUUAAACAUUUUGGCAGAUAGUU